AUGUCUCCACCACCACCUGCGUUCCCAAGGUUUCGUCUAGUUCAAGGAAAAGCAUUAGGAGAGAGAUCUCCAUUGAAUCCAGGAGUACCAUCAAUUUCGGGUGCAGGAAAUAGCGAACUCCAGCCACAGGUUCAACCUCAUCAGCAACAAGUACAACCACUCGUUCAAGUUGCAAAUGUAUCUUCUCAACCGGAAUCACCGCAAAUUGCUCAAACCGCGACUUCCGUAGCGGUUCCAAAUUCUGCGCAUAAUCCGGGAAAUGCUCUUCCAACUGUUGCAAUUGCGCCGAUGGUUCAAGUUAACACGGCGUCCAAUUCCACUCUACCACCGCAGCCACCUCCUUCAAAUGCUCCUGCUCAGCCCCAGCCUCAACCUGUUUAUGACGAAAGACAUGCAGUUACAAAGUGCUGUCGAUUUUUGCGAACACUUUUAAAUUUGUCAUCAAAUCAAAAUUCUGAAAAUGCUACUAAUUCCGUUUUGGUUCGUCAUCUUAUUCAACAUGUUCUUUAUGGAGACUUAUCUGCGGAAGAGUUUACAAGCAGACUGCAACAAGCUCUGAAUUCACAAGCUCAACCACACCUACUUCCAUUUUUGCAAAACACAAUUCCUGCUCUUCGAACAGCAGUUCGCAGUGGGGAAGUCGUCAUUGAUGGAAUAUCUCCGCCUCCUGGCUACGUCUUCAAUAAAUCUAGGCAACAAGAAGACCAAAUGAGGCCAGGACCAUCUCCACAUAUGACACAGACUAAUCCGUCUUCUCAUUUGGCUUCGCGUUUAUCCACCGUAUCCCAGCAGGGGACAGUAAUGCAAUCACAAACAAUGGCACCAACACAACAACAAAUCCGUUCUAUUCCUCAAAUGCAAAUUCACCAAUCACCACAAAUUAUUCAUAAGCCGGUGCCACCUCCACCUCAACAAAAUCAAGUAGUAAUAAACCAACCGUCCAUCCCCAUUCAGCAACAAACAAUUUCGCAACCGGUUCAAAUUCCUGCGAUGCAGCCUUCAACGUCACAGCCAAUUGAGCCAAAACAAGAAGAAGAAGCUAUCGGAGCUCGAACUUUUGUCGAAAAUAGUUUGAAGUCAGCAAUUCUUAGCCCUCAAGAAAUUAUGAAUCGAAUCACGGCCAGAAUGAAGCAGUCAUGUAUGGUGGAAGAAGAGGCUUUAAUGUUGAUUUCGGAUGCAGCUGAAUCUCAUUUGAGAGAAUUAAUAACGCAGGUCGCCGGUAUCGCCGAACACCGUGUUGAAUCAAUUCGGAUAGGUGAAAAUUAUGAACCGAUUGAUGAUACAAAGAGACAGCUGCGUUUUCUGGAAGAUCUAGAUAGGCAGGAAGAAGAAAUGCGCGAAAGUCGAGAAAAAGAAGCUCUUCUCAGAAUGAGUAAAAAUAAAAAUGCUGGAAAAGAAACGGCUGACAAAAUAAAAGAAAUUCAAAGAGUUGAAGCAGAGGCCAAGAGAAAUCGUGAUGCAAACGCUGCAGCAAUUGCAGCCUUAUCUGGUAAUCGCACUUUCAAGAAUAAAUUCGAAGGAUCUUCAUCGAAUGCAAGUUCGAUGCAUAGGCCUCGAACUGUUCGCGUUACUACUCGAGAUCUUCAUAUUCUUGUAAAUAAUGACAAUCGGUUUCAUGGUACAUUCAUCCGAGAAAAGCUAGCAUACGGGGGUCCUGCUGUUGAUACGACAAUUUAA